GCCCGUUAAUUACCAAACGCCACCCAAAAAAUUGAAAAAAAAAAAAAAAAAAAGUGGAAAUUCAUUUUUCCAGCUUCUCUCGAUCAUCAAUUCAAAGCGGAGCUGGUUGAGAAUGGCGACGAGCAGCUCAAAUGGAGACGAGGAUGACGUCACGCAUCUGACGGCUGACCUAGGCAAAACCCUAAAAGAAGGGGAGCGGUUACUCGGCCCGACCCGGCGACCCGACGGCACCCUCCGCAAGCCCAUUCGUAUUCGGGCCGGUUACGUUCCUCAGGACGAGGUCGCGGUUUACCAAUCCAAAGGCGCACUCUGGAAGAAGGAGAUGGCGGCGACUCAGGAGGUUCCGCCGGGAUAUGAUCCGGUGGUGGAAACGAAACCUAAGUCGAAAUCUGCGAAGAGGAACGAGCGAAAGAAAGAGAAGCGUCAGCAGGCAGCCGUUGAUAAGGACGAAAAUGAUACUUUGCCUUCCGAUUGUUCGAAUGACCUUCCAGAAAUAGAGACAGUUGCAUCGAAUAUGAACGGGCUCUCUCUUUCCGGAAACGCCUCUUUGGUCACACCUCCUUCAGAUUCAACCAACUGUUCAACUCCUACGGAUCAAGUCGAAGAUAUCGAUAAGAAGAUUCGAGCCCUAAAAAAGAAGAUUCGACUGACUGAAGCACAGCAGCAGAAAACAGCAGAGAAAGACUUGAAACCCGAGCAGUUGGAGAAAGUGGCUAAACUAGAAAGUUGGCGCAACGAGUUGAAGCUUUUGGAAGAUAAGAAAGCCGAGCUACUAACAUAGCAGCCUCUCUCUCUCCCGAUAAAAAGAAAGAAAAAAACACGGUAAGGAGCGAUUAGAUUUAUUUUUGUACGUGUAAUUCUUGUUUUGUGAUGGAAUGUGAACAUUAUACUACAUUGAUAGGGAGUUAUCCUUUUUGUGUAAGGAAGUUCGUUGCAUUUGCUUUAUCCCUCUCGUUUUAUCAGGCCUCGUUUGGUAGGUCGGACAUUGCGCGUGAGUUUUUGACUACUAGUUCAACAAACAUUAGUUUAUUUAUUCUAAAACGUCGAAUGCAAUACGAAAAUAUGUUUUAAUUU